AAAGAGAGAGAGAGAGAGGAAGAGGGAGAGGGAGAGGAAGAGACAGAGGAAGAGGGAGAGGAAGAGGGAGAGGAAGAGGGAGAGAAGGAGGAAGAGGAAGAGGGAGAGGAAGAGGGAGAGGAAGAGGGAGAGGGAGAGUUGGAGAGGAGGAAGAAGAAGUAG